GCAUCCUAAAAGCUUGGAUACCAAAACGCUGUCACGGUGUGGAAGAAGAGGAAGAGGAAGAUGAUGGAGAGGGGGAGGCAGAAGAGGAAGAAGAUGAUAAUGAUGGAGAAGAAGAGGAAGAAGAUGAUAAUGAUGAAGAAGAAGAAGAUGAUGAUGAUAAUGAGAAAAAAGACGAUGAUGAAGAGGAAGAAGAUGAUAAUGAUGGAAAAGAAGAGGAAGAAGAAGAUGAUGAUGAAGAGGAAGAAGAGGAAGAAGAUGAUGAUAAAAAAAAGAGGAAAAAGAAGAUGAUAAUGUGUGUGUGUGUGUAA